GUCGAGUCUCUGUGCCUCUGCCAUUGAGCCACAUUCCACAUUCCACUGGUUUCUCACCUCACCUCUGCUCUUCUGUGUGUGGUUUCGCUUCUAUUCCGUACCUAGGUAUACGUCCGAGGACAUACAUGGCGCCUUCAUACGGUGGUAAGCACUCAAGACAACAUGGUGAACUCAGACACGACGGGGAGCAUGCAGCUCGAUCCUUCACCCUACCAGGAGAAAGAGGCCUCGAUGCAGCCAGGUGGUCAGCACGAGCCCAGCCAAGCUCCCAACCAAGCUCCCGGCCAAGCUGUCAGCCAAGCCCCUCGCCAAGACGCGAACCCGUCCCAACCUACAGUGGAAACGAAGGGUGGUUCCACUCCGCAAGUUGUCGAGGUCGAGGAUCCAUUCAAGCAUCUACCUGACCACGAGAAGCAAAUCCUCAAGAGACAGCUAGACGUCCCCGCCGUCAAGAUCACUUACAUCACCCUGUACCGCUAUGCAACAAGCAAAGACAAGGCCAUCUUGGCCGUUGCCAGUGUGGCAGCAGUCAUCGCUGGCAUCCUCGUGCCCAUGAUGACGGUGCUGUUUGGUGGCCUCGCAGGUACCUUCCAGAACUUCACCCUUGGCCGCACGUCUCAGAGUGAAUUCGCCCACGAGACUGCCAGGUUCUCUCUCUACUUUGUCUACCUCGCCAUCGGCGAGUUCAUUAUGGUGUACGUAGCCACAACCGGCUUCCUGUAUGCAGGCGAAGACAUCUCGUCCAAGAUCAGAGAGCAGUUUCUGGCCGCCAUCCUUCGACAGAACAUCGCAUUCUUCGACGAACUCGGUUCCGGUGAGAUCACCACGCGCAUCACAGCAGAUACCAACCUGGUUCAGAAAGGCAUCUCAGAAAAGGUCGGAUUGACUCUGACAGCCGUUUCCACAUUCCUGGCUGCCUUCGUCAUCAGCUACAUACGAUACUGGAAGCUCGCGCUCAUCGUUUCUACUACCAUAGUGGCCAUCGUGGUCACAAUGGCCGCCGUGUACAUUGCGCAUUUCGCCCAAGGCGGGACAGUCGCAGAAGAAGUCAUCAGCUCCAUCCGGAACACAACCGCCUUCCACACCCAGGACAAGCUUGCUCGACAGUACGACUCAUACCUAGUCAAGGCAGAGAAGAUGGCCAUCAUGCUCGGUGCCUUUGCUCUUGGAAACGUCGCACCGAACCUUGAAGCCAUCACCUCAGCUGUCGCAGCGGCAAACAAGAUCUACGCAGUAAUCGACCGUGCAUCUCCUCUCAACCCUGAAUCGACCGACGGCAUCAAGCUGGAUGUAGUCCGAGGCAACGUGGAGCUCAGGAACAUCAGACACAUCUAUCCCUCCCGGCCCGAUGUUGUGGUGAUGGAUGAUGUGAAUCUAAUGAUCCCUGCUGGCAAGUCAACCGCGCUUGUCGGUGCUUCCGGUUCGGGCAAAAGCACCAUCGUCGGUCUUGUUGAGCGUUUCUACGACCCAGUCGGCGGAGAUGUCUACAUCGACGAUCACAAGGUCAAAGACCUGAAUCUAGCCUGGCUACGACGACAGAUAUCACUAGUCAGUCAGGAGCCUGUCUUGUUCGCCACUUCUAUCUACGACAACAUCAAGCAUGGCCUCAUUGGAACAGCCCAGGAACACGAGUAUGAAAAGACAGUCCGCGAGCUGGUUGAGUUUGCUGCCAAGACUGCGAACGCCCACGAGUUCAUUACCAACCUCCCUGAAGGCUACGAGACCAACAUUGGGGAACGAGGCUUUCUUCUCUCUGGAGGUCAGAAACAACGCAUUGCCAUUGCAAGGGCGAUUGUCAGCGAUCCCAGAAUCUUGCUCCUCGACGAAGCCACAUCUGCCCUAGACAUCAAGACUGCCCAGGGACGAACGACCGUGAUUAUCGCUCACCGACUGUCUACCAUCAGGCAUGCCGACAACAUUGUGGUCAUGUCCAAAGGACGCAUCGUAGAGCAGGGCACCCAUGACGAACUUUUCGCGAAGGAGGGGGCUUACUACAACCUGGUCGAGGCUCAGCGUGUUGCCAGCAUCCAAGCUUCUAGGAGUGAAGACGAAGAUAUCAUCACGCGGGAGGAGGGUGGCUUCUCCGAUCCCGAGUUCUCCAAGAAUGCAAGUAUCUCGAGCAAGGAAGCGCAUGGACAGAGACCUGGAGACCUUCAGCUUGACAAGACACCGACAAAUGGGACACCUUCGAGGCUGGAAUGCGCGAAGGGAGAGGAUCACGACGGUGACAACUACACCUUGUUCGAACUGCUGAAGUUUAUUGCCAGCUUGAACAGGCGGGAGUGGAAGGCCAUGGUCUUUGGAAUCUCGCUGUCUGUGAUUACCGGUGGGGGCAACCCAACACAGGCCGUCUUCCUCGCCAAGUCCAUCACGGCCCUUUCGCUCCCUCUCUCGGAGCACGAGGAAAUCCGCAGCCGAGCCAAAUUUUGGUCCCUGAUGUUUCUGAUGCUCGCCUUUGUGCAGCUCAUUGCCCUCAUCGCCCAGGGCGUCGCGCUCUCGUACUGCGCCGAGCGGCUCACUCACCGCGUCCGCGACCUGGCCUUUAGACACAUCCUGAGGCAGGACGUUGCUUAUUUCGACAAGCGGUCCACGGGCGCCCUCACGUCUUUCCUGUCGACGGAGACCAGCUACCUGGCCGGGAUAUCGGGGACCACCCUCAUGACGCUCCUCUUGCUCACCACCACCCUGGUUGCCAGCUCGGCCAUCGGGCUGGCCGUGGGGUGGAGGCUGAGUCUGGUGUGCAUAUCUGUGAUUCCACUCCUCCUUGCCAGCGGGUACUUGCGCCUGGCCAUGCUGGUCAGAUUCCAAAAGCAGAGGGAGAAGGUCCACCAACAGUCUGCGAGCUACGCUUGUGAGGCAACCUCGGCCAUUCGGACUGUGGCCUCCCUGACCCGCGAGGAUGACGUGUUGAGCCACUACCGCGAGAAGCUUGCUGGGCAGAGUCGCCACCUGGUCACGUCGAUCCUGAAGUCGUCCUUGCUCUACGCCGCGUCUCAGUCUCUUCAAUAUCUUGGCAUGGCGCUCGGCUUCUGGUAUGGAGGCGGCUUGUUUAGCAGGGGAGAGUACACCAUGUUCCAAUUCUUCUUGUGCUUCAUCGCAGUCAUCUUUGGAGCAGAGUCUGCCGGCACCGUACUGGCCUACGCACCGGACAUGGCGAAGGCUCGGAAUGCCGCUGCCACCCUGAAAGCUCUUUUUGACAGGAAGCCCGAGAUUGACAACUGGAGCGACGACGGCGCCAGUGUCCCGAGCGUAGAAGGCCACAUCGAGUUCAAGAAUGUGCACUUCAGAUACUCGACACGACCAGACCAGCCCGUCCUCCGAGGUCUCAACCUCACAGUCAAGCCAGGGCAGUACGUCGCCUUCGUCGGGGCCAGCGGAUGUGGCAAGUCCACCGCGAUUGCCCUGCUGGAGAGAUUCUACGACCCCACCACCGGUGGGAUCUUCGUCGAUGGCAACGAGAUCUCGUCGCUCAACAUCAACGAGUACCGCUCCCACCUAGCCCUCGUCAGCCAGGAGCCAACAAUGUACCAGGGCACGAUCCGCGACAACAUCCUGCUCGGCACCGACCGGCUCGACGUCUCCGAGGACGAGAUCGUGCGCUGCUGCAGGGACGCCAACAUCCACGACUUCAUUAUUAGCCUGCCGGGCGGCAUGGACACCCUUGUUGGCAGCAAGGGCUGCAUGCUGUCGGGGGGCCAGAAGCAGCGCCUCGCGAUCGCCCGGGCGCUGCUGCGCCGGCCCAAGGUCCUCCUGCUGGACGAGGCCACGUCCGCCCUCGAUACCGAGUCCGAGAAGGUCGUGCAGGCCGCGCUGGACGCCGCCAUGAAGGGGUGUACCACGAUCGCCGUCGCCCACCGCGUGAGCACCAUCAAGGAGGCGGACGCCAUCCAUGUCUUCCACCAGGGGAGGAUCAUCGAGUCGGGGACCUACGACGAGCUGAUGCAGGCCAAGGGCGCGUACUUUGAGCUUGUCAACUUGCAGAGCCUGAGCUGA